AUGGAUGGUGAUCAAUGUCCAUGUGACGACGAUGCUGUGGUUAUCCUUGAUGAAGUGGUGGUGGAAAUACUGUCGUGGGUUCCGGUGAAGGCUCUGAUGCGAUUCAGGUGUGUUUCUAAAUCCUGGAAUUCUCUCAUUUUGGAUCCUACUUUCGUAAAACUGCACCUUCAAAGAUCUUCUAGGGACAGUCCAGCCCUAUUUACCUUAUCCAACUUGUUUUUGGAUAAACUGUGUUCCCUACACUGUUGCUCCAUAGAUGGUUUACUCGAGGACCCAUCAUCCACCAUUGAUGUCAAUGCUGAUGCUAAUGAUGAUAAUGGUGGCACUGGCAUCCCAGCCAACAUUAAAUAUAGCAUCAUUGGGGUCUGUAAUGGAUUGAUCUGUUUGAGAGAUAUGAGUCGUGGAUUUGAAGUAGCUCGUGUCCAAUUUUGGAACCCCGCCACAAGGCUUAUAUCCGUAACCUCGCCACCCAUACCACCAUUCUUUGGGUGUGCCAGGAUGGGGUUUGGCUAUGACGAAUCAAGUGACACUUAUAAGGUUGUGGCGAUAGUUGGGAAUAGGAAAUCGCGAAAAAUGGAGUUGAGAGUUCACUGCUUGGGAGACAAUUGUUGGAAAAGAAGGAUUGAAUGUGGGAAUGAUAUUCUUCCUAGCGAUACAUUUCAUGGUAAAGGACAAUUUUUGAGUGGCACUCUUAAUUGGGUUGCAAAUCUUGCCACACUUGAAUCAUAUGUAGUUUUUUCCUUCGACCUAAGGAACGAGACUUACAGAUAUUUGUUGCCGCCUGUUCGCGUCCGGUUUGGUUUGCCAGAAGUUAGGGUUUUGAGGGGUUGCCUCUGUUUUUCUCACAAUGAAGACGGAACACAUCUUGCUAUAUGGCAAAUGAAGAAGUUUGGAGUUCAAAAGUCUUGGACUCUAUUGAUUAAAGUUAGUUACAAGCAUUUUGAAUUCUGUCGCAGUUACUUUCCUCAUCCCUUGUGCAUGUCUGCAAACAAUGAUGUCCUGUUGCUGGGGAAUAAUUCUAAGUACCAACUUGUUCUGUGUAAUCUGAAAAACAACACUAUCAGCAACAUUGAACUUCCCCUCAGAGAAGUUUUCUUCAUCUCCUUUGAUUAUGUUCAAAGCUUGGUUUUGCCUUAUCGCAAUUGAUUUCCUCUGU